ACGGGCUUCAAUAAAGUUGCACCGCAUGUCUGCUACAAGCUAAUGUUAGGCUAGUUAGAUGUAGCCAGCUAGCUUUAGAUAAUUAUCAUCGUACGCAGCAGUACGGUGAACAUUACAAACAUUACUGCUGAAGGACAGCGAUAGCAUUUCGUAGCCCCAUUUACUGAACGUGACACCGUUGUCGUCAACGUCCUCUGAAUUAUUUCCAGCUUUAGCCGAGUCGCAUUAGCCUGAGUUAGCUCGACUAGCCUGGCAGCCUAUGGGGCGUCAGAGCUAGCAGUGACUUCACUGCCUGUCUGGUUUCCUCAUCUGGCAUUUUGGACACGUCAAGGUUUAUUUUAAAUCUGAAACCUGAUUUCGGGGGUGUGUGAUGUCAGAACCGAAGAGCCCUACUCCCACCCCGGCCGGCGACACGUACAAAGGAUGGGUCUUCAAGUGGACAAACUACAUCAAGGGUUAUCAGCGAAGGUGGUUUGUUCUGAGCAAUGGCCUGCUAUCGUACUACAGGACCCAGGCUGAGAUGGGUCACACGUGUCGGGGAACAAUCAACCUAGCCACAGCAGUCAUCUCUGUAGAUGACGCCUGUAACUUUGUCAUCUCUAACGGCGGGGCUCAGACGUAUCACCUGAAGGCCAGCUCUGAGGUGGAACGUCAGCGGUGGAUCACUGCGCUGGAGCUGGCCAAAGCCAAGGCAGCCCGCUUGCAAGCUGAGUCAGAUGACUCCGGUGACGACUUCUCAUCGUCCCUGCCAGUGGGCGGAGGUCAGGGUGGGGGCUCUCAAAACUCGGAGGUCCAGUCUACUCUCAGAACGCUGGGCAGCAAGGUGGAGGAUCUCAGCACCUGCAACGAUCUGAUCUCCAAGCACGGCUCUGCCCUGCAGAGGUCUUUAUCUGAGCUGGACAGUUUACGGCUGACCGGAGAGGCCGGGGAUAAGAUUCGUCAGGUGACGGAAAGAGCCACACUGUUCCGGAUAACCUCUAAUGCUAUGAUUAAUGCCUGCAGGGACUUCCUGGCCCUGGCGCAGAGUCACAGCAAGCGGUGGCAGAAAGCCUUGCAAGUUGAGCGAGAGCAGCGAGUGCGGCUGGAGGAGGCCUUAGAGCAACUGGCCAAACAGCACAACCACCUGGAGCGAGCGUUCAGAGGGGCCGCGCAGGCUCACGCUAUCGUGGACAAUAAAGGUGCUGUCGGGUCUGGAAAAGGUGAAGCGAGCGACGAGGAUGAUGAUAACGAGUUUUUUGAUGCCAUGGAAGACGCCCCCGAGUUUAUAACUGUACCUGCAGACCCACAGUUUCACAAACGUUCGAGCAGUAACGCGAGCGGGUUGAACACCGAUAUGUGUGCAGACGAUCAGUCGCUCAACGAGGAGCCUCUCACAAUGUACCAGGACUCGCCCUCUCAGGAGCUGGUGCCGCUGAAAAAGAGGCGAACGCGCAUCCCCGACAAGCCCAACUACUCUCUGAACCUCUGGAGCAUCAUGAAGAACUGCAUCGGCAAAGAUCUGUCCAAGAUCCCCAUGCCUGUGAACUUCAACGAGCCGAUCUCCAUGCUGCAGCGGCUGUCGGAGGACCUCGAGUACCACGAGCUGCUGGACAAGGCAGCAAAGUGCCACAGCUCCCUGGAGCAGAUGUGCUACGUUGCGGCCUUCUGCGUAUCCGCCUACUCCACGACGGUGUACCGCACGGGGAAGCCCUUCAACCCGCUACUGGGGGAAACGUACGAGCUGGACCGCCGGAGAGAGAGCGGCUACCGUUCCCUCUGUGAGCAGGUGAGUCACCACCCUCCUGCAGCGGCACACCAUGCAAUCUCUGAUCGAGGCUGGACUCUGAGGCAGGAGAUCACUGUUGCAAGCAAGUUCAGAGGGAAAUACUUGUCAAUCAUGCCUUUAGGCACUAUACAUGCCAUCUUUGAGAAGAGCAACAACCACUACACAUGGAAGAAGGUUACCACCACAGUGCACAACAUCAUUGUUGGAAAGCUGUGGAUUGAUCAGUCUGGAGAAAUUGACAUAGUAAACCACACCACAGGGGAUCGUUGCCACCUGAAGUUUGCUCCUUACAGCUACUUCUCACGAGACGUAGCCAGAAAGGUGACAGGAGUGGUGAUGGACAAGGAUGGAAAGGCGCACUAUGUGCUGUCUGGCACAUGGGACGAGAAGAUGGAGUUCUCCAGGGUCAUGCAGAGCAGUCGUGGAGGAGAGAAUGGCACCGAGGGCAAACAGAAGACCGUAUAUCAAACCCUGAAAGCCAGAGAGUUGUGGAAGAGAAACCCUUUACCCGACGGAGCCGAAUCCAUGUACUACUUCACCGCUCUGGCUCUGACCCUGAAUGAGCCCGAAGACGGGGUGGCGCCCACCGACAGCCGCCGCAGGCCCGACCAGCGCCUGAUGGAGGACGGCCGCUGGGACGAAGCCAACGGCGAAAAGCAGCGCCUGGAGGAGAAGCAGCGCAGCGCCCGGCGCGAGAGGGAGCGGGAAGCGGCGAGCCAGCGCACCUCCGGCCCGUCGGAAGAAGCUGUCGAUGAGGACUCUUUUGUUGAUCACUCCAUGAAAAGCAAGUAUCCCUAUUUAAUCUGCCAACAUCCCAGUUCCUUACUCUUAAAUCGCCAUCUACAAAGUUUUCCAUGCAUGUUUUCACGAGUUCUCUCUCUUCCAGGUGCUCCGCAUGACGCCUACAAAGCGCUUUGGUUCGAGAGCUGUGAGGACCAAAUCACAGGUGAGCAAGUUCACAUCUAUAAGGGAGGCUACUGGGAAAUGAAGGAGCUCGGCAGCUGGGAGGGUUGCCCGGACAUAUUUUGACCCCUGAAGCGCUCUGCAGAGACUGACACACAUCAGAGCUGGACGGACAGCUUCACGAAGCCCCGUUUGUCCCCUGAUUGGACGGCUGCUCCCCUCCAGCGGCUCUCUGUUCUAAGAGAUCCCCCUCCCCAUCCCGGAUGGUCACUACUAUCUGAUUCAGAGAUGCGAGAGAGACUGAAGGAUCUAGUCUUCUGUGUCCAAUCAAGUAUCAAACUACUUCUUUCCUCUCGCUGUCGCGUAUCCAGGAGGAUUGGGAUAAAAUGUUUGGGUUUUUUUUCAUUGUUAUUAUUGUCGAGGGGUUUCUGAGUUGGCUCGGUCUGAAGAAAUAAGCAGUGCUUCCAAAUUUGUCGAGUCUGUGCCCAAGUCAAAUCAGGUGGAGAGAAGAUUUCUUUCAGUGUGCUGUGUGAUAAAACGAUCCGCAGGACUAUCUACUCAGAUAAUAACGCUAAAAAAGAGGGUAAAACCUGGCUAAUAUAUACAAUUAUAUUAAAAUAUGCUUACACUUUCAUUGACAUGUCAACUGGUGGCCUUUAAAAUGUUUCUGUUUCUCUGAUUUAGUGUCUUAAUGUAAAGAAGUGAAAGUCUGCUUGUUUGUGUGCUUGUGGGUAAGACAGCUUAUCUGCUCUUCCAUUAAUGAAGAAAAAAAACAUGGCGACUGGAUUACAGUGCGUCCGAGAAAAGACUCGAUCAUCUAGAACACUUAUCGACCAUCAACACUGUCACAUUUUAUAGAUAGAUUUUUUUUUAAAAACAAGAUUUAAAGGAAGAUAUGACUGAGAAAUAAAUAACUCGGCUACAAGGUUUAAACAUUUAUCGCCUUAAAAAAGAGCAACCUGCUCUCAUCUGCUUUGUCGUCGCAGUUAAAUGAACAAAAAUACCUGCAUUUAUUUGGUGUUUCAUGUAAAAAUAUGUUGGAAAAUGACAUAAGUCUCAUUCACUCGCGCAAGAUGCCACGUCAACAUUUGUUUUCAUGAGUAAAUUACAUUUAUUUUCAGAUAAAUUGGAAAUAAAGAAGAAGAAUUAGUUGACGACGUAUGGGACUCAAACGAUGACUAUAAAGCAAAUAUUUGAGGAAAAAGUAAACAUCACAACCCUGCUUUAUGUCUGACGGAGAGUUAGUUUAUAUGCAAGUAUAAUUUAACACCAAAAACAUGAGUUGAAAUGUUUCCUCGUGGGUGUGUGUGUGCGUAUGUGUGUGCGUGUGAAUUUCAAAAUUUGUAAGUGUACUUAAAAAUUAAGAGUUCAGACACAAAGAGGUGGCAAAUAACAAUGAAUUUAUAAAUGUAUAGAAAUUCACAUUAUAGUAUUGACAAUUGUAGUUUUUUUCUUUCCAAAUGUUGGGUUCUUGUAAUGUGGGAGGACUGUCUUCAUUUUUCAGAAAAAAAGGGAAUUCUGUACUUGACUGAGUAGAGACUUGACAUUGUUCAGUAUUUUGUAUUAACACAAAAAAAGAAUCUGUAAUAAAUACUGCAACGUCAAAUAUUU